GUUUUGACUAGCUACCCAUUGAGCUUCUCUUAUUUGCGAACUAUUGACGAUAGAAUGAACGAAACAAUUGGCCUAUUUCCGAUGUUGGUUCAAAUGGUAGUACCAGAGCCUUGCUUUACAAGAAUUUUCACAGAGUUUAACUUGUUUAAUGUUGAAUGUCUGAAAAUUGUGAUAAGCAAAUGUCUUGGAUAUGCCAUCAUUCUUGGGUCCUUCGUUGUGAAGGUACCUCAGAUAGGCAAGAUUUUACAGGCCAAGAGUGGAGAAGGGAUCAGUUUAGCCUCUGUGUUAUGUGAGCUGGUGGCCAUCUCAGCCAACGCUGUCUAUGGUUUCUCACAUGGAUUCCCAUUCAGUGCCUAUGGGGAGGGAGUGUUCCUGGCCAUUCAGACAGCUCUGGUCAUGUUCCUGGUGUUAAUGUAUGGAGGGAGACAGCUGGGCUCAUUCCUUUUCCUGGCCGUCUAUGUGGCCAUUAUGGCUGUUUUGUUGUCCCCGGCUACACCCAAGGGGCUCAUUGCUGCAAUGCAGGGAGUUAACAUCAUCAUCGUCAUGGCCAGCAAACUAAUCCAGGCAUAUGCCAACUUCACCAACGGAGGUACGGGCCAGCUGUCAGCCAUAACGGUUUUGAUGCUAUGGGGCGGUUCACUGGCCCGUAUUUUCACCAGUAUACAGGAGACCGGGGAUGCCAUGACAGUGGUCACAUAUGUGGCAGCUUUCAUCUGCAAUUGCGUCCUUGUGGCACAGAUUGUCUAUUACUACAGGAAGGCUAAAGCCGAUUAAUUCAGCGUUUUACUGUAGGAUUAACAAAUUUGCCAGACCAUAUUGUGAUGUAGGGAACAUCUGUUGCUUUGCACAGGUCUUUAAUGUAUAUUGCCCUGUUGUUACAUAUAGGUGAAUUUAUGUUUGUUCAGAAUAGGUAUUGGUAAUUUAAAAUGAUGCUUAAUGAGUGUAUGAAAGAUAAUGCAUACUGUUUUUAUUGCUUAUCCAAUGUUCAAAGCUUCCAUCUACUGAAAAUAAUUGAAUGCACGCUCAUUAUGGUCAGAGUCCAUUAGAAACAAUUUUGCCAAGUUUAAUUUUUGGAAGUGUUUUGUUAAAUUAUACAUUAAAAGUGUAAGCUGUUAAGUGUUUUUGUUAGAUUGUUGUUAAGUGUUUUUGUUAGAUUGUUAAUCUGUUAUUAGAAACUUUUACCACAUUUGUUAAAUCCCAUGGAAUAUUUGUUAUUACCGGUAUUUGUUAUGUUGGAAGAUGUACAUGCAUUGAAUGAAGCCAUUUUAUUGAUGGUCUUGCUUAACUUUUAUGGGCAUGGCAUUUGCACAAUAGAUAAAAUAUAAUUUUAAUAAUUGGCAUUAUAUUUAACAAGGAAAAAUUGAAACAAGUACCUUUUUUUUAAAUUAAGAAUGUUUGUAAUAAGUGAGUCACGCAUUGUCACAUACUAGUCACACACUUAGAAUACCACAGGGCUUAUCCACUGAAGAUUUCACAUUCCAUUCUUAUUGUUUUACUCCAAUAUUACACAUGAUACUAGCUAUUAGUAAUUACUGCACAACUUAUUGUAAUGCAACCCCUUAUUUAUCUCAUGCAAUACUAUCCGGAAUUUUAAUUUAUAGUCAACACAUAGGAAUCUUGUGAAAUGUAUAAAAAUAUAUGUGAUAUUUUAAGUGCACAUUAUUGGCAAAUCAGUUUUAAAAAAAAGUUAGUUUGUGAAAUGUUAUUUGUUUAGAAAUAUAAAUGAUGCAAUUAAAAUAAAAAUGUUAUAAGAGCAAAAA